UCCAUAGUAACACUUUUAAAAAAAAGUAACAUUUUAUGAUAACACUAAGAGGUGUUACGUGAUUAAACAUUUAUAAUAAAGUAAAAGUUAGUAUUAAUCCCCAAAUUAAAUUACCAAUUUAUUAUAUAGGUUUAGGAUUACCGCCAAAGCAAUUAAAAAUAAAAAAUAAUUUGGGCCUCAAUCAUUAGCUUUAACCGCCAGAAUUAAGGGAAAAAAAUAAAAUAAAAACAAUCUCUCAAUUCUAGGUUCAAUUUCCUUAUUCAGCAUGACAUUCUUCCGUUAUCACAAAAAACCCAAUCUCGCAAUUCAAGUUCAAUUCGCGCGAGUUUCAUCACAAAAUCAGUCAUUGACUCGAUCGUCAUCUGGGGUUCCAUCAACUCGCGCUUCCAAUUAGUUUUGAGCUAUGUGGUAUCUUUGUGCUCGGGCAGUAGGUGAGUUGUGUCGGCUUCUGAGGAAGCAAGAUCUAGAUGGCAGAAAUGAGAAACUUAAACAAAAAACUAUAGAACAAAAUGGAAUCAGGAUGAAGGAUUUAGGGGUUACAUCCAUGGCUUAUGAAAUGAAACAGUCGAUGAAGGGAUCGAAACAAACGAAAAAAAGGAAGAAGGUGACUAAAGAUACUAACGAGUAUACACCUGAUGAAGAGGGUGAACUGAACCACUCAAGUGAAGAGGAUGAAAAUGAGAUAAGGAAAACCGGUGUAAACUUGAGGUCUCGUUCAAAGAAGGUUGUGACAUUGAGAGGGAAGAUAACCACAAACAUUAAGGACACGACAGGUGUCUCUUCAAUACCAAUGGCUAAUAUAACUAAGAUGCGUCUUCAAAACACCGAGAUACAACACUUAGAUCAAGGGUUACAAGGGAGAGAUUCAAUGCAAAGAAAAAUCCAAUUAGGCAAGUAUACUGCACAGAAAAAAUCAGCAGUCCAUAAUCAGUAAGAGAAAGAGGUUGAGAUUGGGAAUGGUGUCCAAACUAAGACAGGGCAGAGUAAGACAGUGGUUGCUUCUGGUUCACUCAGUGCUUAUAGGCAAAUGCAAUCACAGUUGCUAGAAAAAAGAGAGAAGAGCAAAACAAAGUGAUUUAUUACUAUGACAUGGCUAGUUCACAGCCUGUUAACAUGGCUAUUUCACAAGUGCAUUUAGGGAGUUCACAAGCACAAAGUUUUUCACAAACACAAAGAUUUGGAAGUGAAUUACAGGAAGAUUACGAGAAUCAUAUGGGUGCAAAUGAACGCAAUUUGGAACAAUAUGUAGAUGAAGAAGAUGAGUUUAGUGAUGAUUUGAGUACCACUACUAGAAAUAGGCUAAAUUCUGACGGACUCCAAUUCCCUCGCAAAAAUAGAAAUUUUCGGCGGAAUUUUAGAUUGUAGGAAAAAUCCGUCGGAAAGCAUUAUUUCGGACGGAAGAAUCCGCCGGAAUUAUUCCGACGGACCAUAUUCCCUCGGAAACUUGUUCUUCCGACGAAAAAAUCCGUCGGAAUGCGUCCAACGAAUUUAUAUGCCCAAGGAAAUACACCCUUUCGACGGAAUUUUCCGCCGGAAAAAAUAUGUUCCGACGGAAAAUUCCGUCGGAAAAGUGUAUUUCCGAGGGAUUAUUUUCCAUUGGAACCUUUCAGCAAUUAAAAAAAAAAGGGUGAUUUGAAUUGUUUCACGAAACAGAAACUGGGUAGGGAGAAAGAGGAAGAGAGAGAAAGGGAAAGAGAGAAGGAGAAACGGAGAAGGAGAGAGGGGAAGGAGGUCGCCACCACCUGCUGCCGGGUUGUCGCCGCCGGUAAGUCGCCAUUUUUUUGGUUUAAUUUUUUUUUUUAUAUAUAAAGUUAUUGAAUACCCUAACCACCACCCCCACCUAGGUUGUGACGGAAUUCACUAUUAACCACCACAACCGCAAAAUCUUCACCGGAAAACAUCAUUGUCGCCGCCGGGUAGUGGUAAGUAUUUUUUAGGGUUUUUGGGGUUUUUUUGAGGUUUUUUGGGGUUUUUUUUUGUACUUGACCCUUUUUUUUGGUUUUGGAAUGCUAGUGAGGAACCCCACAGCCCCGACACCAGCCGGGCGUCGGUCUGCAACCAAGGGGUCGACCAGCCUCCGCCGCUAGCAGCUGCAGGUCAUCGUGGCGGGCGGUAAAGACACAGGUCAACGGGGAAUGCAGAUCGACCAUUCCGAUGAUGACAUAGAGGAUGCUCCUGGUUUGGAUAAUAUUCAGGAGCCGACUUCCAGCUCAUCACGAGGUCAGACUCAAGAGCGUUCAAAGUUGCCGGUUUUAGACCCUAUUGUGCUCUGGUUUGACGACAACAAGGUCAGGACUGCGGUAUCCGGGUCGAUAAUCGGGUACUAUCGACAGCCUUGGAGGAAUUACGGCGAGGUGGAUGCAGCGACCAGGGAACAUUGGUGUAACCUAUUCUGCAAGGAAUUCACGUGGGCACCUGAGUUGGCCGAGGAUGUGAAGCACACGUUUGAAAAGACGCUUGCUACUCGGUUGCGUGACAUGUUCUACACAGUCACGCAUAAGAUGAGAGGCGCAAGGCCAUCCUGGCUCAGCUAGGAGGUCCACAAGAAGAUGAUGGAUAUUGUUGCCGCCGAUCCAACUUUCAAGGCAAGGUCGUCCCAAAACAAGAAGAAUAGGAGGGGUGGGUCAAUGGAGAAUCCGGUUGAAGCUACCCACUACCAGGGUUCGAUGUCUACUGUACAACAUGCUAAACGAAUGGCGGCGAAGAAUAAAGGGCAGCUCCUAACAGCUCAUGAGAUGUUUAUCAAGACGCAUUUCAAGGAAGUGUCUGGGAAAGGCACGGUACCGGCCAACACCAAAGCACAGCAUAUUGCGGAGGCCUACCAGAAGAAAGUUGAAGAAGCAAGCACCCAAGGGAUUCAGAAGAGUCCAAAUGAGUUGUACUGGGAAACUGUAGUUGGUCGAAACAAGAAGGGUCGUGUGAAGGGACUUGGCCAAGGUGCGGAGCUGUAUUACGGCAGCCGGAAGAGUUCCAAGUCUUCCCAGCAGUACACGCCUUCCUUUCUUUCUCAGAUGCAAGAUCAGAUGGACCAGAGGGUGGAACAGAGGUUGGAGAAGAGGGUGCAAGCGAUGCGGAGUGAAAUGGAAGUCGAGAUGGAGACUCGAUUGGCCGAAAUAGAAAGGAGAAACCAAGAGAGGUAUGAAGAGAUGAUGCGUCGACUCUCCAGCAAUGACUCAUGUUCCAACAUUCCACAUCAGCGUCGAGACCCCACGAACGACGGCCCAGGUAGCGGCGGUGCAAGGAUAGGUAUUGUAGCUUAGAAUUUGUGUACGUAAUUGGACAUGUAUAUAGUUUUAAAUUAUGUUGUAUUGUUGAACAAAU